ACCAUAGCAACAAGUCCAGCCUUCAACUCUCAGCCCGGGGAACGAGGGAGCGAGUUUGUUUUAAAGUCAUGACUCGCAGUUUAUUGAGAAAGGCAGGUAUCCGGAAAACGGUUUUCCAAAACAAAGAACAACUGGAUUCUGCGCCCCAGGGAAUUACAUUGUGAAAACAGUCAUGGAUGUGAGCGCAAAUUACGAGAUGAAUGGUGGGUUCGAGGGUAACCAUGACAGCCAACAAGAGUUCCAAGGCUGGUGCUCGGGUCGGAGGGGGUAAAGCUACACACAACAUACCUGAAAGGUGCCAUUCGACCUCCCCUCCACCCAUCCUGUGUGGCGGCCAGGCGCGGGGCCAGCCGGCGGUGCUCAGCGACUCGGAGAUCUCCGAGAGGCAGGCGGGCUACGUGAGGACGGACGGGCGCCUCCUGGGCCACGCCGCCUGGAGCAGCAAGACCGCCAGCCUGUGCAGCGGCGGUGCCCUCGCCGCCCCCCGCUUUGACUCCCAAAGCCGACUCACCAAGUCCAAGAGCAUCGGUUGCCUGGACAACCGGCUCUCCAUCUACAAGCCGAGCACGUCCCCGUCCCGGUCGGGUCAAGAGGAGGAGGAGGAGGCGGUAGAAGAAGAAGAGGAAGAGAAGGAGCCCCCGAGCCGGGGUGUCCACGUCCAGAAGCAGCCCCAGAGAUCGCGGGAGCUCCCGGGGGGAGGUGAGAGACUGAACGGUGGGUCCCUGAGCUGGAGCACCCAGUCGCUCGGACCCUCCUCCCACCAAGGCCACAAGCGCACCUUGUCCCUCGCCCGGCCAGUACCGGGCGCUCCCCCGGCCACCAUCCGAAAGAAGAUCUCAGAAUGGGAGUGCAGGAGGGUGUCUCUGCCUAGGAUGAGCUUGUGUCUGGACAAGAGGUCAGGGGUCGAGCGGGUGGGGGGCAGCGAGGGCUGUCCCAGCAUGCUCUCUUCCCCCUGCAGCGAGCAGACGUUCGACUUCAAGGGGGUGCGCCGGAUGAGCACGGCCUUCUCGGACUGCUCCUUCGCAGAGGAAGAGGAGGGAGCUCCGGACAAAGAGCUCCCGGGACGUUUCCAGAAGAGGACGGGCAAGGCCGAGAGCUCCGCCACGUUCCUGCGCGCCCUGUCCGCUCGCAAGGAGAAGUCGGCGGUCCUCAACAGGAUCCAGAAGAUAGAGCAGGCUCUGAAGGAGAGCCCCGGCCCGGCGCCCCCUGCGUACCUCAACAACUGCUACGCCCCGGACAAGACCAAGCACAAGGCCUCCUCCGGCGGCGCGAGGGGCGCCGAGGACUCGGACAGCGCGUGCGGCGGGAGCAAGCGGGUCAGCGUCUGCUCCGUGAGCACCGAGCCGGACACCUCGGCGCCGUCGCCGUCGCCGUCCGACCGCUUCUCCAAGGCCAGACAGAGGUACAGCGUGAUCUCGGCCCGGUCUCAGAGCCCGGAGCCGGCCGGCCAGCCCAUGACGGGCGCUCCCGGGACCCCCGUCAACCCGGUGCCCAAGCCCAAACGCACUUUUGAGUACGACGCCAAGCGAGGCCAGAAGAGCGCGGCCUCCUCGCCGUCCAAUGGACUACUACCUCCGGGGAGAGGCGGGGACUCCCCCCCGCCGCCCUUGCCCUCCACCCCAGCCCCCUGCGCCGCACGGGGUCUCAAGACUGAGGGGAGCCCCCCGAGGAGACCCCAGGACAGGGAGUUGUGUGAGUCGGAGGAUGCUGCCAGCCUGCCCUCCUCGUUCCCAGCCGUACCCACAGAGAACGGCACUGGAACCACAGAGACGCGCAGUCGCCUAUGUUCCAAAAGCACUUUAGAGGAGAAUGCCUAUGAGGAUAUCGUAGAAAAGGAGAACCCAUACGAGGACGUGGACCUGAAGCGCAAGAGUCUGGUUCGGAAGUCGUGUCUGUUUCCAGAGAGCGACCGAUCCUGGAGCUCCAUGGAGAGAAAGCUGAACUCUCCACCUCAGUUGCCAUUAAAACCCAGCAGCCAGUCUCUGCGUCUCUCCGGUCCCGGUGACAGGAAGAGCCACCGGUCGACCCAGCUGUCCAAGCGCCACAGCCACGAUGAGAUGCUGCUCCUGCCCCAGCUGGGGGUGUCUCCCUCGACCAGUGUCCUGCUGGAGGAUGGCUACUCCAACGCCAGCGACUCCCUGGUCUCCCAUCGCCACCUGAGGAUCCCCAAGCUUGUACAGAGAAUCAACUCCAUUUACUGCACUAAACGGGGGAAGAAGCGUCUGAAAAAGCUGUCCAUGUCCAAUAUGGAGACUGCAUCUCUGCGAGAUGACAACAGUGAGAGCGAGAGUGACUCGGAUGACAGGUUCAAAGCCCACACCCAGAGACUGCUGAAACUGCAGUCCAUCCUUCGCAGGGCACCUAGCUACCGCACUUUGGAGCUGCAGCUCAUCGAGUGGCAGGAGAGGGAGCUUUUUGAGUACUUUGUGGUGGUUUCACUGAAGAAGAAGCCCACCAAGAACUCAUUCUCCCCAGAAGUAACCUAUCAGUUCCCCAAGCAGCUAGAGAGGGCCACCAAGCAGAUGAGGGAGGCGGAGCAGAGGCUAAAAGCCAUCCCCCAGUUCUGCUUCCCAGACGCCAGGGACUGGAGCCCCGUGUCUGACUACAGCAGCGAGACCUUCUCCUUCAUGCUGACCGGAGCGGAUGGCAGCCGGAGGUUCGGCUACUGCAGGCGCCUACUGCCAAGUGGGAAAGGACCUCGCCUCCCAGAAGUCUACUGCGUCAUCAGCCGGCUCGGCUGUUUUGACUUGUUCUCCAAGAUCCUGGACGAGGUGGAGAGACGGAGGGGGGUCUCAGCAGCCCUGGUCUACCCCUUCAUGAGGAGCCUCAUGGAGUCACCCUUCCCAGCUCCAGGAAAGACCAUCAGAGUGAAAACCUUCCUGCCAGGAGCAGGGAAUGAGGUCAUUGAGCUCAGGAGGCCUAUGGAUUCCAGACUGGAACAUGUGGACUUUGACAGUCUGUUCAGCUGCCUCAGCGUACGACAAGUCAUACGAGUAUUUGCCUCUCUGUUGCUGGAGCGCAGGGUCAUCUUUGUGGCGGACAAACUCAGCACUCUGUCCAGCUGCAUCCAUGCGGUGGUGGCCUUGCUCUACCCCUUCUCCUGGCAGCACACCUUCAUCCCCGUGCUGCCGGCGUCCAUGCUCGACAUCGUCUGCUGCCCCACCCCCUUCCUGGUGGGCUUGCUAUCCAGCUCGCUGCCCAGACUCAAAGAUCUGCCCGUGGAAGAGGCUUUGAUGGUUGACCUGGGAACAGACCGCUUCAUCCGUCAGAUGGAUGACGAGGCCUCCCUGUUGCCACGGAAACUACAGUCAGCCCUCGAGCAAGCCCUCGAGCAGAGAAACGACAUCAUCAACCUCGACUCUGACAGUGAUUCAGACGAAGAGGUGAACUCCCUGAACAGCCUGGUGUCAGAGGCCUUCAUCCGCUUCUUCCUGGAGGCCAUGGGCCACUACUCUCUCUUCCUGACGCAGGGCGAACGCGGAGGGGAGCGCGUCUUCCAGCGCGAGGCCUUCCGCAAGUCAGUGGCCUCCAAGAGCAUCCGCCGCUUCCUGGGCGUCUUCAUGGAGUCCCAGAUGUUUGCGGGCUUCAUUCAGGACCGCGAGCGGAGGAAAUGCCGGGCGAAAGGGCUCUUUGAACAACGGGUGGACCAAUACCUGGAAGAGCUGCCUGACACUGAACAGAGUGGAGUCAACAAGUUCCUCAAAGGCCUGGGAAAUAAAAUGAAGUUUCUUCACAAAAAGAACUGAGGAGUCGUCGUUCUACUGUAAACUAUUCACUCAGAUAGGUUUCCCAUUUGAAAACCUUGUAUCAUGAUAAUAUUUUCUAUCUUGUGCAGCAUAUUCGUGAAUAAUAGUAUUUUAUACUGUAUAUAUAUAUCAUUGUAAACUGCCAGUGCUUAUUUCCAAUGUGGAUGUAUUUUGGAGUGUAUGGUACCUAAUAAGAGGAGCGAACUUUAGUUGGUACAGAGCAAGUGAACAUUGAUGAUGUAACCACUGAUGUCCAGGUAUGCUUGUUUGAGUGUUGUGGAAACUCCCAUAGGCUAAAGUCAUUGUUGUUGUCCAAUGGUUAAAGUUGGAAAAUAAACCCUAUUUGUCUCUAAUGAUUUGUACAGGCAUUAACGGAAGGAAGAAAAUGGUUGUAAAUGUUUAAAUGUUUGGUCUUUUCUACAAAAAAAGUAAACACAUGAAAUACUUCUUU